CCAAAUAAAAAAGUACCGGAACCUACUUAUUUUUUCUCCAAUUAGAGCAGAGUACAAAAUACAGAAAAACACUAUCUGCAAAUUGAGAAGCAGAAAAUCCGAUGGCUUUGGUCCCAACCCCAGUAGUGAACGAAGGGCCGUUGUUUGCUGAAGUGGAAAUGGGUGGUGAUUCUUCUUCCUCCACUGUCCGUGCUACCGUAGUUCAAGCUUCUACCAUCUUCUAUGAUACCCCUGCCACUCUUGAUAAGGCUGAGAGGCUUCUUGCUGAAGCGGCUUCCUAUGGGGCUCAGCUGGUGGUGUUUCCUGAAGCAUUUAUUGGUGGUUAUCCACGUGGAUUAACUUUUGGUGUCUCAAUUGGGAAUCGGACAGAUAAGGGAAAGGAGGAGUUUCGCAAAUAUCAUGCUUCUGCCAUUGAUGUGCCAGGUCCUGAGGUUGAUCGCCUAGCAGCAAUGGCUGGAAAAUACAAGGUGUACUUGGUGAUGGGUGUAAUUGAGAGAGAUGGAUACACACUAUAUUGCACAGUGCUUUUCUUCGAUUCUCAGGGUCACUACCUUGGGAAGCAUCGGAAAAUAAUGCCAACAGCGUUGGAGCGGAUAAUCUGGGGUUUUGGGGAUGGAUCAACAAUUCCAGUUUAUGACACUCCUGUUGGAAAAAUAGGUGCUGCAAUAUGUUGGGAGAACAGAAUGCCACUUCUAAGGACCGCGAUGUAUGCUAAAGGCAUUGAGAUAUAUUGUGCACCUACAGCUGAUGCUAGGGAAGUGUGGCAGGCAUCAAUGACCCAUAUUGCCUUGGAGGGCGGUUGUUUUGUUUUAUCGGCCAAUCAGUUCUGUAGAAGGAAAGAUUAUCCACCUCCACCAGAAUAUGUUUUUUCCGGCACUGAAGAAGAUCUUACGCCAGAUUCCGUUGUUUGUGCUGGUGGCAGUGUAAUUAUAUCACCAUCAGGGGCAGUGCUGGCAGGACCAAAUUAUGACGGGGAGGCACUCAUCUCAGCUGAUCUAGAUCUUGGAGAAAUUGUUCGCGCCAAGUUUGAUUUUGAUGUGGUUGGACACUACGCAAGACCUGAAAUUCUUAGCUUGAUCGUGAAGGAUCAUCCGGUGAGCCCUGUUAGUUUCACAUCUACAUCUAGUACUAGUAAAGCAGAGAGUUCUUCCAAAUGACAAAGGCCUCCUUACCUCUGCAUUUGCUACGUUAGAGUGUCGUCCCAAGUAGUUAGCUCGAGGUGACAAAUCGCCACCUUAACAGCGAAGGCUGUAUAGUAGUCCUUUAAUUUAUAAGCCAUGUAUGUAUAUCACUUGAGACAUUACCAAUUGGCUAACUCAGUUUCUUUUAACUGUAUGAAAAACAUGUUUGAUAUUCAAUUCUGGUCUAUGUAUUUAUUGUUAGAAUUAAUUGAAAAUUUCUUAAUAGUUUGUUGUCAA